AUGGAGAUCUUGCUUUCAGGCGUAGAGACAGCUCACUCGGACAAUUGUGAAGAGCAAUGCCUCGGCUUAGCCUGCAUCUCGACCCCGACGAUCAUCAAAGUCGACUCGCGUGAGCAGCCACACAAUCAAGUGGCCAUGAUCUGCCAGCCUCAGGAAGGUACCCGCAAUGUUUCAAGCGCACUGUUCGGCCUGUCAGACGGCCGCAAGCAGCUCGGUGGCAUCUCCACAGCGCCUGUCAAUCGUUUCACAACUUUGGGCCGUCUACUUCGUCAUGACCUGACUUAA